UUCUCCAGAGACAGUGAGAAUCUCCACAGGCUAGUGUACCAGUCGACGCCUCGAGGGCCUUUUGAGUCAGCUCUGUCUGGUCAAAUAAUACCUUUCUAUUGCUAUUGCAACUGUGAGCCUUAUUGUGUACUUCAAUAUGGACAACGCUCGCGCCUCAGGGUUUCUGGACCCGACGUCCGCGAUGGCGGCUGCCAUCAGCAAGCACAAAGCAGAAGCCAUCAAGCUAGCACGUGAACAGGGCGCCGCCGUGCGAGAGAUGUGUCGCAGAGCAAAAACAGAGCCGCCGCCGUAUGAGUUUGAAGAGUUGAUUGGGAAGGGUUCCUAUGGCCGUGUCUACAAGGGCCACCAGCUCCCUUCGCGCAAAGUCGUCGCGAUCAAGGUGAUGGAUAUUGAUUCGAUGGAUUACAAGUCUGUUAGAGACCUCAAGGACGAAUCAAUUAAGGAUUUCAUACAUGAGACGAAAGUUAUGAAACAGGUCAAAGAUGCUGGUGCGAAAAACAUCAACGAGUUGAUUGAGGCCAUCUCGAUCCAUAGCCAGUUGUGGCUGGUCUGCGAGUACUGCCCUGGUGGUAGUGUUAGGACUUUGAUGAGAGCCACUGGUGAUAAGCUUGAUGAAAGGUUCAUCAUCCCCAUUGCGCGCGAGUUGGCUGCUGGCUUGCGUGCAAUCCACGAGGCUGGUAUCAUCCAUCGGGACAUUAAAGCUGCAAACAUAUUGAUUCAUGAGGAAGGACGGCUUCAGAUCUGCGAUUUCGGUGUUGCGGGAGUACUCCAGUCGCACGUAGAUAAGCGAUCAACCUGGAUUGGGACGCCUCACUGGAUGCCCCCGGAAAUGUUCUCAACUCGAGGCGAAGCUCACAAAUAUGGAAGUGAGGUCGAUGUGUGGGCAUAUGGCUGCACUCUCUUCGAAUUCGCAACAGGAAAUCCUCCAAACUCCAAUUUACGUGAGCGGAUGCAAAUUGGAAGGCAACUCAACCGUACCACACCGCGUCUUGCAAAUGAAGAAUACAGUGACGGCCUUAAAGACCUAGUAUCAUUCGCUCUCGAAUCGGAUCCCAUAUCCCGCCCUACAAUGCCAGACAUCAUGUCACAUUCGUAUAUUGCUGGAACAGACGAGCAGUACCCGACUUCGUCACUCAGCGAGUUGGUGCGCAUCUACUAUCAAUGGUCUCAGCGGGGAGGGCAGCGAAUUUCGUUAUUCCAUCCGGGAGGUGCUGCCGCUGCGGAAUUCCCCGACUAUGAGCCAGACUUUGAAGAAGACUGGAACUUCAGUACAACAGAUGGCUUUGAACGGAGGUUUUCCGUCAUUGAUCUGGAUCGGAUAGCCGCCUCGUUGGCCGAGCUAGAGGAGGAGAUGAGUCCAACGACAACAAAUCAGCAGGAUCGCGAUCCCUUCGAUGAGCCAGCCGGAUCCGAAAUGUCCGUGGAAGACAAGGCCAACUUCGACGAGCGCGUCCGCCGAGGCGCAGCGGCAAUGGAGGGGCUAUUCAACGAAGACAUGCCGAGUUACAAGUACGAAACGAAGAACGAUUUUGUGCCCAUUGAGCCCAAGCCUCCAGCGUCUGAUCUGCCUCUUCGCACGGAGACAGACCGGUCUUCAGUGACGUCUACAUUCAUUGACAUUGACAUCGGCUCAUUCGACUCGUCGCAUUAUGCGGCUGGAGCUGCAUCGGCACAGCCGUUCCAACUUGCAGACGCGGAUACGAUCAGGGCCAAUAGAUCCACCGGUCGCCAGCAACACAAUUCCCUUGAAGCCAGGUCACGAUCAUCGAGUCGUGAUGCGGAUGAUCAUGACGAAUCCGAGCAAUUAACUUAUCAGCCCCAAACUGGCCCACGCCCUCCGACGAUGGACUGGAAAUUUCCGGUAUUUAUGCAACCUUCGGAAGCAGAGCAGGCCGAACCGGAGACGGCACAGUCACCGAAGGCGUCAGAGUCACAACAGGAGGAUAAACGGGCGACUAUGGACUGGACCUUCCCGGAGGAGGCACAGCAUAAAGACAAACGAGCAACUAUGGACUGGACCUUCCCGGACAUGACUGCCGCUAAGCCUCUGGAUAGCGAAGAUCCCGGCCGCCACGAUACCCUUCGAGCGCCGCUUCCCGAGCUUCAGCCAUCAGCUACCAUUCGACAGUCUACCAUUGGAGAGCCUGGGGACUCGCGACCGUCCACUUCUGCAUCGACUGGCUCCGAUAUCUCAGCUCACUCAGAUACAGACUAUAAUCCCUUCAAGUUUGACCGUCCUUCAACGCCUCCCGGUGAGCUCGCUGAAGCACAUGGGCAUUUCUUCAACAAGGAGCUACCGGAAACGCUAGGAUCAGUGGGCUACGGCGACUUUGAACGGUCGUCAGUGUUAGACGGGCCGGGGCCAGAUGAGGAAGACUCGCAGUCGGUGAUUUGGGAGAGCACCACAGAAAUUGGUGUUCAACCCUCACAUACAGAACCAUUCCCUACAGCCAUUCCAUCCAAAGAGAUGGAGCCACAUCAACCUUUUCCAACGCUGACUGAGUCGCCUAUGAUUGAUCCUUUGCCCACAGCCCGGCGAGAUCCGCGCCCGGCUACGAGGGAUGAUAUGGAGCCGGUCUACUUUCCCGAUCUCGUACCGCCGCGACUUGAGGCUCUGACGGCCGGGGCGGAAGAAAGCGCUGUGACUGCCGAACUGGACAGACUUUUGGGCGAUUUUCUGGAUGCCCUCUCUGCGACUGGAGAUGCGUUGUCCCGAGUCGCCGUCGUUCCAGAGACAGCAAGACGUCGACCGUCAAUAUCUGAACAGGCCGAAUGAACUUUUGCUUUCUUUUGGUAUCGACCCUAGGUUCUUGCGACAGUCGCUUAGAUGGAUACUUGGAAGUACAGACUGGUUGUCUAUUGAACAUAUGUCAGUCAUAUUCGUAUUGAUCAAUGACACUCAUGAUGGAUACUGUACAUAACUCCAAUACAGACAAUUGUCGAUAUGUCACCUCUCAACUGCAAGCGUAAUCAAUAGCUCGAUGACAAGAUUACAAACUCCCCCUGUAAACCCAAGUGAUCCGUGACCCAGACCUCUUCAUC